AUGCGGCUGCGCCCGGGAGUGCAGUUGGGAUGGAAGUUUUGGGAGUUUGGAGGUGAGAAGAGAGCGUGGCUGAGGAAGCGGUGGGGUGGCAGCGGGGCGUGGGUGGGUGACAGCGGGGGGAUGAUGGCGUUCGGUCGGAAAUGGUACUUGGGUGGACGUUCUCUUUCUGUUUUAGUCCAUGAAGGCAGCCCUCUGGGGGAGCUUCAUCGCUGUGUCCGAGACGGUGUCAAAAUCAAUGUUCACAUCCGCACUUUCAAAGGGCUUCGUGGAGUCUGCACAGGGUUUCUGGUUGCAUUUGACAAAUUCUGGAAUAUGGCCCUGACAGACGUGGAUGAGACUUACAGGAAACCAGUAAUGGGCAAAGCUUUCUAUGCAGAACCUCAGCUCACACUGACCCGACUGUUUGACAGACUCAAACUUCAGGACUCCUCGGGGAAGAAGGGAGCUGACUCAAAGACUGUCUCAGAGGAGCUGGCCCUGACAAGUGACUCUCAGACGCUGGGAUCAAAAGCUGGAUCAGGACGAGGGAGAGCAGAAGAGGAGCGUGAGAGGCAGAAACACUCGGGCAGAGCUGGAGAAAAGAAGACGCCAGGUGACAGUUUGGUUGCCGGAGGUGAAGCUGAUGUGGGCAGCAGGACUGCCCACACAGAGGGUGCCAGUGCUGGUGGCACCCGUGCACGAAGCCAGUCCCGGAGGAAAAGGCGGCCCAAAGUGGAUUAUCAGCAGGUGUUCACACGUCACAUAAACCAGAUUUUUAUUCGAGGAGAGAAUGUCUUGCUUGUCCAUUUAGCACAUUGACUUGGCUGAGCUUUGGUCAGCGUAUUUGUUUGAUAGCAUGACUUGCUGCAGCAGCUCCCAUUGCUAUUUAAAGUUGUCAUUGAGUUUGAUGGUACCGUGGCUGGUUUCCCAUUGCCAUAACAAGGUAGGGGAAAUAAUUGUAAGUAGAGCAUCCUGAGCUUGAUGCCAAAGCAGCUUCCUUAGAUCCCUGUUGGGGGUUUCAGGACAAGGUCAGCAAUGGAGUUGUUUCUGUGAUAUGAGGGAGGUAAGCACAGAUCCCACUGCUCCUUAAAAAGAAGCUAAAUGGAGAGGGUUGGAAGAGAAUUUUGGUGUAAUCUGUUAUAGGAGCUACUUGUGGCACAUGUUUAAGGAGCUUAAGAUAAGAUCUCCACCUGCAAUGAAUCAGAAAUGCUCUUUUGCAUGUUCUGAGAAAUCUCAAGAGGAGAUUGCUAAUGAAACCAACAGUUUAUCUGCUGCUGUUACAUGGGUGUCCUCUUUUCCAGACAUAAUUCUGACAGUCAUUUUGAAACAGUUUGUAAAAAGGUGGAGUGACAUACUGCUGAUGGCUAUUGCCCUGUGUGAUAGAAAACCUUUUAAUUGAAAACUGCUCAUCUAAUGUGAGUGAUGAUAGGACUGUAAUUUGUUUUCCAUAUCAAAGCUUAGGCUUCUCUUUGUAGUGCUGUGCUUUGGCCCUGUGUCACCAGCAAGCAGGUGAUGCAGCUGAUCCAGGGGCCUCCAUAUUUGGGGUUUAUCUGUGAAUGCUGUGGAUGCAGAUGGAAAAUUGUACUGUUACAUUUCAUCCAUAUACUACUUAGUGUAAUAGUGAAGCUGGCAAAGGUGUAGGGUUUUUCUCAGAUGUGUUUGUGCUGAGCACACUUGUACUGUAUCUAAGAGCCUUUCAAGCUCUCUAUUGAAACUAGAGGUGCUGUGUCUCCAGCAAUUCCCAUGGAGCAGAAAUCUUCAUGGGUCUUUCCUAUCCAUGUGAAUGAUGCAUCAUCUAAUUCCAGUUGAACUGAGCUUCGGAGGUGUGGCUGAAAAUGUUUUGAAAUAUAAAAGUCAAAGUCAACUCAUCAGUGUUUUAUUUUAAAAAGACUAUUAAAGCCAGGGUUCUGCAGGUAUAAACUGAUUUCCAAGAGAGUCAUGUGGAGAAGUUUCAGGGUAAAUGAAGCUGUUACAUUAUCUAGUCUGUUAGCUUCAUUGUCCAAGGACACUAGAAUUCAUGCUGCUAUUCCUGUAUUCAUCUCAACUGCCUUGUGCUUUGCAGCAGAUCCGUGUGUUUAGGAUGAAGUUGGGAAAUUGCUUUAUAUCAGGUCUUGUAUUGCAUAUAGGAGUCAUAAGUUCUCAAAUUGAGUGACUGUUCUGUGGGUGACGUAGAUUGCUGCUGCAAAUGCAGCAUUCUGGGGAUGUCUGGUGUUUGGGUGAAUCACAGAAAUCAUUUAGCAGGAGUUCCUGGACACACAAAGCAGUUGGUUUUGCCUCUGGGGGAGCCUGAAGCUUCUGUCAACAUUUCAGGUGACAGGGGGCUUGGACAGCUGAUGAGCUGAGCCAGUGAGCUGCAAAUCCUGGCUCAGCCUGGGACAGCAGUGCUUCAGAAUAAAAAGUGCUGUUGAGGCAAAACAGUUUCAUCAAGAGCAAAAAAGAAAAGAAAAAAAUGAAAUACUAUCUACAGCUUCUUAUUAUACAUUGCUUUAUUGUAAUCCCUUCCCACUAUGAACUGAGACCAGGCACUGAAAAGAUUCUUCUCUUAGAGGCUCUUGUUUCCUCUCCUGUGCUGUUCUUGUUUGUGUUCCUGUGCUCUGCAGUUUUUCCCUUUUUUUCUUCCCCCUUUCUCCUGUCAGUACUUUGUCUCUUCAGGAUGUUCUAAACCCUGGUUUAUGAAGACUGUUCUUGUAUUCAUCCCUAGUUGUUCUGGCUUUCUGAAGCAUUCUUGGUUGGCUUUCUGUGUGGUUCCCAACUAACCAGAACCCUCACAAAUUACUAGAAACAUGUGAAGCUAGAAACAAGGUGCUUAUUUCUGCUCCUGACUUCCCAGCAGCUUUUAUUGCAAGUGAAUAUUUUCUUCAUUCUGUUUUUGAUUGUGGAGUUUUUUUCCCUCUGUUUUCUGACAGCUUUGUUUUUAUUCCAGUUGCUUAGGAUGACUCCUCUCUGCCUUUUCCAUUCAUGCCAGAGGCUGCUGGUUUUGACCUCUCCUCUUUCCUUCAUAUUUGCCCAAAGGAUGUCAAACUACCCUCAGGCCUGUGUACUACUACAUCUAAUUGAAUUCUUUACCUCAUGUUCUUAAUUCUAUUUGUCUGCUUGUAUUGCCUUGUGCAUUAAACAAGGUACAACUGCCAUGAAUGUUCUUGUGGCUGUCCUGCCCUCCUUCCUUGUCGAUUGACACUUCCCCAAGUUCUCAGUUGCUACUGGAAGUCUCAGUGUUUCCUUUAAUCAGAAGUUUUUCUCUGAAACCUUGCAGGUGUUUGUUGCUUCACAUUUACAAGUUCCUUUGUUUACAUUUUAUGAAAAAUACUGGUGCUUAGACUUGCGUUUGUGCCUUGAUUUUUGUAUCAUCCCUAACCUGUUCUUCCAGAAUCAUCACCUUGGUCAGCAAACCUGAUUAAAAACUAUAGUUUGUCUACUUUUUUUUUGCUCUACCUCAUUACUAAAAUGUUCCUCCUCUUAUCUGUGAAGUUGGUUAAAAUUCUCUCUUCCAAUUUAGAUUUUAUGGUUUAUUUGUUGGUUCUUUGUUUGGUCCACCUUUCUCCUUAUUUCCAAGCUGCUUCCUAAAUACAGCUGCCUCUUCUACAACUUCAGAUCUUCCAAAAUGUCUUCCUUUUCCCACUUUUUCUGGCAUUAAAGCGCAUUAUUAAAAUGCUAUUUUAUGGAUUUUGUCUCUUUCAAGCAUCAUGAUUGUGAUUAAGCAAGUGAUCCUGUAUGUGUGUUGUCACUUGCAUGUUUAAAACUUCAGAUAAUGUUGCUCUUUAAAUAAAAUUGAAUGUCAUGUUCUGAAAUGAAUUCUUCUACCUCACCUAAGUAUUCACAUAAAUCUGUUCCAAAAAAAAAAAAAAAAAAGAGAAAACAACCCUUGGAAACAAAUGAGCUUUGGUUUUGGUUUGUU